CAAAUGUUAUUUACGUCAAAUGUUUGGACACAGCAUACCUAACAAUUGGAUCGCUUGGAAAAUAAGUAAUAUAAAAGCAUAGGAUACUGGAGUGAGGUCAAAGAUGAUCAUUGAAAAUUCCCUCAUAAUUUGAAAGUUUGAAAUUUGAUCAGAAAGGAGUUUCAAAUACUUAACUGUGGGAAAAAUGAAACAAAAAAGAAAUAAGUAUGAGCAUCAUACGAAAAUAACUUUGAUGUGCCGUAUUUGUUUAACACAAAGUAAUAAUGUAAUGUAUAAAUUAGAGGAAGAAUUCGAAAUUCAAGAUGCAUUGAUGUCUUAUUUGGAAGCACUGGAGUAUGUCACAACUUCAAAAAUUGUUGUCAAUGGAGACUACCCAGAAAAUAUUUGUCCUGUGUGUGCCAGUGUUCUCAAAAUGGCCUUUGAGUUUAUUAAGCAGUUCAAAGAAUCACAACUAGAACUCAGAAAACGGUUCAAUCAUGAUUUAAGUGAACCAGAAUUUGACGGAAGUGUGAAAAGAGAAAAAGAAGAUAACACUCCAAAUGUAGAGUUAAUUUUUCAGAAUAACAAAUUCAAUAUAAACGAUUUACUAGUCGUAGAAAAACAAGAAACAGAGAAUUGCACUUUUGAGGGGUUUUUAGGGAACCUUGGAAAAGAAGUAACAGCCACCUUUGUUGAAAAUUUGGAGAGUAAAAAUUGCAACAAUAUAGUGAAAGACAUCAUUUCAGUUUCAGUAAUUGGUAAAGACCGGAUUAUACCUGUUAGUCAACUUCAGAUUGAUGAAGAUGCCAAUGUGAUAGAAUAUGUUUUAGAUGAAAACUCCAUAAAUCAUGCAUCUAUUGAGGAAAAUUCGACCAAUGGAGAUAGCUUGUCUGAACAAUCGGAAAGUAUAGAAAUAAAUAUGAACGAUGAAAGCUUAUAUGAAAAUAAAAAUAUUGAAUUUAUUGUUAGUGAUAUUCCAGAACAAGACACAAUUGAAUCCCUUAUAAUUGAUAGAACUGAGAUAACAGAUGAUAAUAGUGCAACUGAGAAUACAUGUAACAAUGGAGCUCCAAGACGUAAAAAAGUUGUUAAAGUUGGUAAGAGACGAAAAAAAACAAUAAUGAAGGAGAUCGAGGAUGAAUUUGAAAAAGAAAUCAAAUUUAUAUGUGAAAUUUGUCAAAGUAUUUUUCAAACUAGAAAAAGCUUGAAAGCUCACAAAAGAGUGCAUUUUCCCAAAGAAGAAACUUUUACUUGUGAGAUUUGCGGCUACUUAUGUAAAACAAGAUCAGCUUUUAUUCAUCAUAGACUCAAACAUGACGAAAAAAAAUUCCAAUGCCAAUUAUGUGACAAAGCAUAUCGUACCAAGGCCGUUUUGAAAGUGCAUAUGGACACACAUGCAAAUAAACGUCAACACCUGUGUAAUGUUUGCGGUAAAGGUUUCAACUAUCCAAUUGCAUUAAGGUAUCAUAUGCGUCUCCACACAGGAGAAAAAAACUACAACUGCGAAUUUUGUAACAAGAGCUUUCGAAUGAAAAAUUCCCUCAAUCGACAUAGACGUACACACACUGGUGACCGGCCUUAUAGAUGCAAAUUCUGCAGCCGAAAAUUUUUCUCAAGAGGAGAAGUAACUUGCCACGAAUACACUCACACCGGUUACAGGCCAUAUCACUGCAAGUACUGCCGAAGGGGCUUUUCCAAGACACACAAUCUCAAGGUUCAUCUGUUGUCACACUCUGGUGAUUAUCAAUGUAAUUAUUGUCGUAGGAGUUUUAUUGAAGGGGAUAUUUUAUCAAUGCAUUAUAAGAUUUCUCAUAAGGAUCGCUUACAACAGGAUGAAGGAGAGAGCACUGAUAGUCACAGAGGAAAUGAUGAGUCACUUGAUUUCUCGGAUCAAAAACAAGCAUCAGAAUGAGUUUCAUCGUUGUUCCAGAAAAAAUUGAGUGAAAAUAAUUUGUUUUUUGUUAUACAAUAAAUAAUAUAAUACUUUGUA